AUGUCAAACGCACACAUUGUCGAGUUCGCCGUGUUCCGCGCGGCAGACGGGGCCACGAUCAAGAACCGCGCCACGGCCGCAGCCAAGGUUGUCGGGCUGGUCGCACAGUACGGUGGACAGAAGAUUGAGGACGCAAACGAGAGUGUACAUGUAACAGUUUGGCGCACGGCUGACAGCCACAAGGCGUUCGCCAUUUCGCAGCAGACGGACGCUGCGCCUUUGCUGGUCGAGGUGCUCGGUAUCGAGGAAGCCGACCGUGGCAGGCUGACGUCCGCACUUGAGGCGCCAACAACGGAGGUGUACACUGGCUACGACGCGCUACCGUCAAUCUUUGCGGCCGCUGUGCGCAAGUUUGCCGACCUCAUCGACGCUCAGCCUGACACGACGUCGACAGGAUACUGGGGCAACGUCGUACUUGAGACGGUCGAGGACGUGGCUCUGUCACCGGAAGCUGUGCAGGCCGCGCCGGAGCUUGUGUCGUGGGUUGGACCGGCUGUCAAGUUGGUGAUUGGCUGGACGAGCCGGGAGGCACACCUGGAGGCCAAGGAGAAGGCAGGACCCAUCAAGGACAAUAUCGAGCUUCUGAGAGCCGGCCACAAAGCGACCAACUUGUACCACGUCAAGUUGCAGAAGCUGGACUCGUCGGCAAGCGAGUAA